AUGACCCCUUCCUCCUUUUUCACCAAUGAUACCCCCUCCAACAAUGUCCAGCAGCCCGCUGCCGAUAUUGCCGCCCCAUCAGCCCCCGUCCUAAAGCCAGCUCCCACAAGAGGCGGCACUCGCGGGAGGGGCCGAGGUGGUCGUGCCAGAGGCAAGGGCAGAGUUGCAAAGGCAGGUCCCAAGAUCACAGCAACCAAAUCCUCUACUACUAUCAGCAAGCCAGGCACUGGUCGUGGCCGUCGUCAAAGGGCAUAUCAGUAUACCAGGGCCCAGGCCGCCUAUGAGCGCAACAUCGAGCUUCGUUCGGCUUACAACCAGCUCGCCCGCUUGGCCAAGCCCGUUCUUGACGAAAUCGGGACCCGUCAGAAAAAGGCUCUGAUGGAAAAUCCAAAGAUCGUCGAGGAAGCUCCCGAGUACCAACAAGUCAUGGCCUUCCUCGACCAGCGCCGUGAUGACACCAUCGCCACCAGCGCUCGUCGUCUAGAAUUUGAGAAAGCUAUGAGCCUCAAAGUCUUGGAAGGGCAGCGCGAGGCUAUUGACAGGUCAACAAAGCAACUCACGGGUGAACUAUGCGAGGAAUGGUACAUCUCCGCGCUGGCAGAGAUUGAGAGGUUAGAGUUUCUUCACGACAACAAACUUCCCCUGGACCUGCCCCCUGCUCCUUGCACGGAUUACACCUACAAGGACAUCUCACAGAAGCAAAUGGAUGAGCAGGGCAUAUUUUACGAGCGCGACGACGAGGGCAAUGAACUGCCAUGCUCCGGCAAGAAGGUUAGUGAGCUUAUGACGGAAGCAUAUCAGGUUUAUUCGACCCUUCCGCCCAAGCGCAAGGCCGAUGGCGAGCUGGCGAGCGAACCCAACCCCAAGAUGAUCAAGGCCCACACUGCCAGCCUUCUCGGCGGCACCGAUACCAUUCAGGGAAGCAAAAGCAACACACCGGAGCCCGGCUCAAAAGCUCCAUCACCAGUGCCCUACUCGCCGUCCAAGGGCGGACUGGCCCAACCGAGUUUGCUGGACCCCCCUCUUCCCAAGGGUGCCGACGAACGUGAUGAGUACGGGGUACGCAUCAUCCAGCGUAAGGACAAGCGCGCCGAAUUUCACAACAACCGCAUCAUGGUGCCGCAAUUUUUCGAAUUCCAAGAUCACGAGAUCGGCUUCCGCGACUCGACCAACGAUCCCGUCAAGGGCGCCACCAAAGCUAAGCGUGGCAGAUUUUACAUGACCCCCGAACACCAAUACCUUUUCCUCGACCGCCGCGCGUCAAACUGGGAUAGUACCCAAGUUGUGGGCGAGUUGGAUGAGGAGAUUGUCAAACAAUUUGGCGUCCAUCCCAGACUGGGCGUUCCUAUGGCCACGUCCGUCAAUAUCGAUCAGCCCCCGGUUCCUUAUGCUUCGGGCUGGAAGCCUGUAGUCUUGGUCGAUCCAAAGGGACAACAAGUCCAUGCGUCGAGGACCAUCAAGACAGCCAGGCUGGAUGCUCAAGGAAGGAAGUUUGAUCUGAUGUAUGCUCUGCAUAAGUUCAGCGAAGAGGAAGGCAUCCCCGAAAAGGAGAUUGCCCCGAGCAAGGAGGAGCGUGAACAGAAGAGAAGGCAAGAGCUUGAGUUGAGGGGUAUCGACCCUGACCAAGAUAUCGAGUCCCAGAUCUCGCAAUCAGUCACGCCUGCUCGGGUUCCUUCGCCUGUUAACACUGCCAUCUUCGACGACUUUGUUCAAGGAGCACUCCAAGCCGCCGCAGCCGAAGAGGAAGCUGAACGGGCAGCAGCCGCAUCCCGCUCGCAGGCUUCAACGCAAGCCUCCAAGCCAUUCGAUGCUAUCAGAGAUGCACUUAUGGACAAUUCGACGCCUGCGCCGGCACCGCAACCGGCCGCAAUCCCGACUCAGGAGACGCAAGCCGCGGGCUUUGCUGAUACUACCAGCUUGUCCUAUCUUGCUGAUGUCGCUGAGAGGGAGGCACAAGAGCAGCGGUACCUAAUGCACCCUUACCACCACCAGGGAAUGCAGUCCGGUCCAGCACCGCCGCGCACAUACUCGGAUGCUCAUCAAGAGAGUACUCCAAUCGACCCAUCGCUACUGCCACCACAGUCACAGCACAACGGUGUGCUUCGUAACAGCGAUUUCGAAAGACCACAACACUACCACCAUGUUGAAUAUCCUCGGCCAGAAGGAUACGGGGUCUACCCCCAUCAAGAGCCUCACCCUAACGAUGGAUCGAGGCCGAAUGAUUUUAUGAGGACGGCGCUCAAUCCUUCCACCUAUCCUCCGCCCCCGGAAGCACACCCCGGACAAUACCAGGACUACUCCAUGCAGGGUUCUGCCACUGGCCGAACUCCCUUCUCGAAUACGGCUUCGUCUAAGGGACUGCCGGCUUUGCGACCUAUGCACGGAACGCCUGGUCCUGAUGGUCAGGUCAGCCCGGUUCUCCAGCCUUCGGCCCAUCCUAGCAUGGUGGUCUCGAAUAGCGGUGCAUUCUAUCCUCCGGCGCCUAACAGACCCUUUCACAAUGGUUACUCGGCACAAGAGUCACCAGUACCUAUGCAAGCGGCUGUGCAUCAUCCACAGGGCAUGCCCAUCCAGCUACCACCCGGCCAUGCCGAGCCGCAUCCAUCUCAGAUGCAGAUGCAUCAUUAUCCGAUGCCGCCUCAGCCCUAUCAAAACGGUCCGAUCCCUCUUGCGCCGGCGCCAGGUCCAAUGCAAGGCCCCGUACAUAUUCCCGCGGCUUCCCCUUCGCCUGCGCCCGGUCCCGGCCAUGCGCCCCCUAUGCUCCAGCCGGCACCACAACCGCACUCGAUGGCACCGACGGCUGGUCAGCCCAUGAUGCCCACGGCCGGUAGCCCACCGCCCGGUCGUUCACGUCCUGGCAGUUCUUCGGCGCCGUCUGGACCACCUCCGCCUUCCGGAGCCUCUGCCGCCUCCAACAAAUACCGAAAACUCGAGCCCGCACCUACACCUCCUCACCGUCUCGGCUACACCGCCAACGGUCAGGAGCUCCGAACAGUUCAGUUCGACUACCGCGAGGCAAUCAAGGAUUACACCCCGGUUGAGCCGCCCCCUAGGCAUGGACCGACUCACAUCCGGGGAUGGACCCAUAACAAUCUCAAGAAGGGACCCGGGGCCAACAGCAACCGCCCCCUCCUCAUCCAAGGGCGCCGCUGCCAUCACCAACGGCAUCAAUGGCACGAAUUCCACAAACGGAGACGGUCAUCGUUGGUUAUUGCCAAGUCGGUCAUGGACAAGUAUUACGAGAAUAGGUCUAGAAAUGCCACUCCCAGUACUUGUAUCCGCUCCAGCAGCGCCAGUAGCGUCAGUGAUGACUACGAUUCCAAUGGCGAUAGCGGCGCCGAAGAGGAAAGCGAAGAAGCGGUCCAUACUCCCUCUCUCACUCCACCAACGGAGAUCAGCAGCAGCUCGGCCAGCAGCAGCUCUACCAGGAGAAAGAGAUCGUCAGAAAGUGCGGACUCAGAAAGCCGUCCCAAGACGAUUAAGUUCAUCAGAAUUGCGAGUGUCAACACCAACACCCGUGAUGAAAAGGGCGAUAGCAGCAUCAAAGAAGGAACUCAAGUAGCAGUCCCUACUCCCACCCCCACUCCUUCAACGGAGCCCAGCGCCAAGUCUACGAAGAGAAAGAGAGCAUCCACAUCUGAGGAAUCAGAAAACCGCCCCAAGAGAAUUAAGUUUAUUACAAAGCCGGUUGCAAUCCCGGCGCCAAAAUUGGGAAAUGAUGCGUCUUCGUCGGCCUCCUCGUUAGCGGCAGCACCUUAUCAGCAGCAGCAGCAGAAGUCACAACAUGAGGAUGUCAUAUUGGAUUCCAUCACCGUGUCUCUCAGCAGCAACCCGGUAGCCACCUUUACCAGCCCGGUUGCCGCAAAGAGCAAGAGCCCAGCUAAGCGCAAGGGCAAGGGCAAUAGCCCAGCCAGAACCCCGGCUAAGACUCCAGCCAAAAGGAAGAGAGGCACAGUAGAGCCCGAGGGAGAUGCAGAAAGCAUCAAUCCCGGCCCUAAUAAGAGGGUCAAAAUCAAAAAGGAGAACGAAGAGCCGCGCCAACAUCAGCCCGUCCAUAGCAACUACAGACUUAGGAACAGGGGCGGGCCGCGGCUGGAGUUCGUGGAGAAUAAGAAGGGCGAGAUGGAGUUGGUUGAGCUUGCCACUGCUGAGGAUGAUGCCACUGGGCAUGAUCAGAAGCAGCAGCAGCAGAACUCGGAGAGCGCGACAUAA